CUCUUCCUGUGUCUGUUGGUUAUUCUUUUUAGAAAAAAAAAAAGAAAAGAAAAAAAUCUAUAUUAUUCUUUUGCUAGCUUGUUGAUACGUUUUUUAGAGUUGAGGGAACUGGCGGAUUUUGAAGUGGAUAAUGUUUGGCUUUGGUGCAUUGUAUGAGGGGGUAUGAGGAACAACAGGAGGGUGUUAUCAGAUGUUCCCGUGCUCAUGAAUGUUUAGCAAGACAGUCCACGACCUGCCAGCCUCUGAAGCGAUUUAGUCAUAAACUAUUUUAAACUGUGUCAACCAUUUAAUAUUGAUAUUAUCUUGAUAUUAAUAAUAAUAAAUAAGACAAGUUGAAUGAGGGGAGCAUAGUCAUGGAGAGUCCACAUUUACCUGCUGAGAUAAUUUCUUACAUACUGAGUUUCCUUCAUGUAACGGAUCGAAAGGAGGCGUCACUGGUGUGUAAGAGCUGGUAUGAUGCAUGCCAAGACCCCCAGUUUCAGAAAAAUGUCACUUUCAAGUUCCCCGUUUCCACAUCUUCACUGGACUUUAUCCGUUCACUUGCAAGGAGCCCUCGCUGUGGCCUAGUCAUCAGCCAUGUUGAUGGAUCCAGCCUGUCAAGACAAGUACUAAUGGAGGUGGGGCUUCACCUCGGCCCUCGCCUGGACAGUCUGGCUCUACCUGGCAGCAGCGUCACAGAGACCUCACUGCUGGGCCUCCUGCCACAUCUGACUGGCCUUCGCAAGCUGGACCUCCAGGGGCUGGACAGCCUCUUUAUGUCUGGAGCUUUUUUGUCAAGAGAGGAGCACCGGCGACAGGUCCAGAAUGCUUUGAGGAAUCUGGAGGAACUGGACCUGUCUGAUCUGCGCUAUCUCUCAGACCUCUCUUUUAAUCGGCUGACGAGUUGCACGCCCAGGUUACGCAGUCUGUCCCUGGCUGGAUGUCACAUCUCUUUUGAGUUCGACCCAUACAGAGGUUGCCCGGUGGGGUUUGGCUCUUCCGCUCUAGUUUCCCUCCGUAACCUCCUGAGUUUCUUGCAGAAGCAGGCCGCCACGCUCCACAGCCUGGACCUGAGUCGCACCAGCAUCACUCCCGAGUCGCUCCGCUCCAUAGCUACGCUGCCCGGCCUGCGUCUGGAGGAGCUGAGUCUACACGGCUGUAAAGAGCUGACGGACUACUCCAUAGAAAUCCUCUGCAAGCAGCAGAGCGGUCUGAGGAUGCUGGACCUCCGAGCCUGUACGGAGUUAACCAGCAGGACGGUGCUGGCCGUGGCCACUGAGCUGAAGGAGCUGCGGUCGCUGUCCCUCUCGCAGGACUGGAAGAUCACGGAUAAAGGCCUGGCCGAGCUGAUGACGCUGCCGAGCUUGAAUAGUCUGGAUCUGUCGGAGUGUCUGCAUGUCAGUGGUGCAGACCUGGUGAAGGGAUUGUCCUCUCCACAGCCCCGGGCUCAUUUCGAGACCCUUAGCCUUAGAAACUGCACUUACAUAAAGGAUACAGUCAUGUUGUCCCUGACACAGCUGCUCGGCUCUAACCUGAGAGAGCUGGACCUCACUUCCUGUGUCUGCCUCACUGACCUGAGCGUUCGUGCCAUCACAACAUACCUCCCUGCGCUGGUGGUGCUGCGGCUCGGCUGGUGCAAAGAGAUCUCCGACUGGGGGCUGCUGGGAAUGGUGGAGCCCACCAAAGAUUGUGAACCAACAGACAAAAAGGAGUAUAAAGGCCCGAGCUUUACAAGGACGUUUGGGAACAUGGGCUUUUUCCAGCCUCCCAGCCUGCCGUUCCAGGAGAAGCCACGUCUCGUGACCGAAGAGGACCUCGGGGCCUUUAGAGAGCAUCAAGAGGGAGCGUCGCUUUUGGCCCUCAGGGGUCUUCAGGAACUGGACCUGUCGGCAUGUUUCAAGUUAACUGACACCAGUAUAACACAGGUACUCCAUUUCCCAGACCUGCAGCGUCUCUCGCUUUCUAUGCUGCCUGAGAUCAGCGACGACAGCUUGGUGUCCGUAGCCUAUCACUGCCGCAGCCUCACCAGCCUGGCGCUCAGCCACUGUCCCCAGAUCAGUGACCAGGGCAUGGCGCGGGCCCUUCCGCUCCUUCACAAACUGCAGCAUCUGUUCCUGGCCUGCUGCGACGCAGUUACCAACGAAACUCUUGCUAUAAUCGCGCUGCACUGCGACAGACUCCGGACACUUGAUGUGUCUAUGUGUAAGGAUAUCACAGUGCACCAGGUGGACCUCCUCCAGUCCCAGCUGCCCUUCCUCAAGAAAGUCCAGUGUCGCUUUGCCAAUGGGGCAGAUUUUACUAUGGUAUAAUGAAGAUGUAAUAGAGUGCGUUAGUGGCCGUCCACUGUUUCAGCAGCGUCGUUUCCGGAUGUCAUUUUUCUGUUUAUUGCUUACAUAGGGAUUUUUUUAAAAGUAUUUGAAAGCACGUGAAGCCAUGGACAAAAGCAUACAAAGUGGACAAGGACUUGGCUGAAGUAAAGAACUAGUAUACCAUGAAGAAUUGCAAAUGACAAUCAAAUAAAAAAUGAUGGGGAAAUUUAGAUCUGCUCAAUAUAUUUAAAGGUUAUUAUUGUUCCCUGGAGAGCUGUUUUGGUUGGAUUUGCACACCGUGACUCUGAUUGGUGGAAUUUUCUGCACAGCAUCAUGGGUAUUGUAGUUUUUCCACCACAAAUUCUGCCGUUUAGUUAUUAUUUUAAAAAUAAGUUGAAAUCAUGUUAACUUUACAUGAAGUCAUGGUUAAAUCUAUUUCAUUAUGGAGAAAAUAAACCGUUUUAGUUCUGGAACCCGAACGCUGCACUACAUACGGUGAAAAUGAAUCGAAUGAAUACAUGUUUAAAGCACUUUUAACUCCGGUAUGAAAGAGUAAUCAAUUUGUUAACGCUGUAUUGUUUUGCAUAGGUCUGUAAUUGUGCUAUUAAUGUGGUGAAUCACUGCUUCUGAAUGAAUCUGAGGGUCUGGAUAUUUCAAAUGACUCCAGUAGUACUGUAAACCUGAUCUGCUAUUGAUUAGUAGAUAGAAAUCUUUACUUCCAGGCAAUAUUUGUCAAUAAAUAUUUUAUAAGAAUUA